AUGGCGUCUCAUGACCAGAGUCAGGGCGGCGCAUCGCCUGGAGGCUCUAAACAUCGUAGUGUGAGCCCAUCACCCCACUCGCAGCAGUAUCUCGAUCCAACGGGGCUCGGCCUGGACCCCUCCAUGGCAUUCGCGACCAACUCUGCUUUCCAAAAUCCGAAUCAUAAUGCGAACAUGGCUGGCACCGACGCGUACGGCUAUCCUCAAUAUCUUUCUGCUCCCCCACCAGCACAGAGCCUUGUUCCACCUGUCGAUCAACCCUUCCCUCCGAACAUCAACACCGGCAACAUUCCCAGUUCGCAGUCCUUCGAGGCGACCCUUGUCAAUCAGUUGGAUCAUACUUCCGGAGGCUUUCGCUCGCAGCCGGAGGGAAACUACAAUCUUCUCAACAACCCCGACAUGGACUUCUCCGCCUACCACAAUCACAGUCCUAAUAGCGUCUCUGCGGAGUAUGACUCGUCGCUCUUAAUGGACCCUCAAAUGAACCAACGGCCACAAUCGAUUCAUCAAGCAGUCAACCCCGCCGAUCUGGUCAGCCCCAUCUCCAAUCCCUCGGCGUCGUCGCAAGAUCAGCAGCAAUCUUCACCCGGUCCCAUGUCUCCUCCGGGAUCCACACCAGGCACGUUUUACACCCCUCAGCAUUCGCGACAUACCUCGUUAGACCCUGCCACUGCUGCUUACCUGAGCGCGCAGUCCAAUCAAGACUGGCAGUCGGUGAUGAACCAUUCCUCUUUCCAAGGCCAUCGUCGAGCGCCAUCUGAGGUGUCAGAGGUGUCUUCGGCCAACCACUCCCCAUAUUUGUCUCAACAUGAGUAUGAGGGCAUUGAGAAUAAUGCUUCUCCCUCAUUGGCACCGCAGAAUGACCCUUCUUUAUAUGACAAUGCGCUGAAUAUCGAUUCAUUCACACUGUCUGAACAACAGCAACAGCAGCAAGGAUUCAGUCCACUCCAUAGCCCGUAUAUUUCACCGCAACUCAUUCCGCAGCAGGGAGGUGAAAUGGUUCCACAUGCGCCCUAUCUGUCUCCCAAUCUCAAUAACCAAUUCCCCUCUGCGCCAUACGGGAUGCCCGCAGAUGACAUGAUGAAUGCCAUCAAUAGCGGCUCCGACAUUGGACAAGCAUCCCAAAUGGCACCGCCUUCAAUCAAUGUGGAAUUCGCUCCACCAUCACGAAAUCCAAGCUUCGGCCCCUCUAAGCCAGCCGCGGACUUUGACUCAUUGAGCCCUCCUGCAAUGCGAUCUCGAGUGCGCAGUAAAUCCGACCCCUACGCACACCCCGCCUCUCGUUCACGAUCUCCGGCUGCCUCAGCAACUAGUCUAGAGGCUCAGGCCGCUACCUCGCCACGGUCGUUAUCACCUCAUUCACGAAGCAAUCCUGGUUCUCGCGAUGCGUCUCCAUCACGAUCGAAUCGUCGCCUUUCAACUUCCUCAAUCGAAAGCCGCAAUUACAUUUUGGAUCUAGCAGACCCCCAACGCCCGGGUGCAGUAUCUGGAGACUCCAAGCGCGUUCAGAAGCAUCCCGCUACUUUCCAGUGCACUCUCUGUCCCAAGCGGUUCACCCGCGCCUACAACCUACGUUCUCAUCUCCGAACGCACACAGAUGAGCGACCUUUCGUUUGCACUGUCUGUGGUAAGGCUUUUGCUCGACAGCAUGAUCGAAAACGCCACGAAGGACUCCACUCAGGUGAGAAGAAGUUUGUCUGUCGGGGUGACCUUUCAAGAGGCGGCAAUUGGGGCUGUGGUCGGCGGUUCGCGCGUGCAGAUGCUCUAGGACGUCAUUUCCGAUCCGAGGCUGGACGAGUCUGUAUCAAGCCCUUGCUUGAUGAAGAAUCCCUGGAACGUGAAAGAGUUCUCCUGGAACAUCAGCAGCAACAGCAACAACAGCAGCCAUCUGGUCAUCUACAACCCGUUCCGCAACCAUUGGUGAUGCCUAGUGUUCCCGGGAUGGACGCACAGUCUUCAGGCAACUUCGUCUUGCCAGCAGCGUUGCUAGCGCAGUAUCCAGCUCUUCAAAAUCUCCAGUGGGAUCAGAUACCUGCCGCGGGUGAUGAUCCCAGUGACAUCGGCGGCCAUAGUAGCUACGAUGCCAGCUCGGGAGGCGAGUUUGGCUUCGACGAGGACGACUCCGGCAUCAGUAACGUAUCUGGCAUGAGCGGUGGCUAUGCCAAUAAUCAACCUGGCAUGUACGGAGUCGAUCCUGGCUACUAG